UGCUAGUAGGAGAGACUAAAACUCCACAGAGCAACUGAAGUUUCCCUGUUCAGUUGAAGAUUGCUAUGGUGUAACUGAAGUUGUAUUUCUUCCCCCACCUCCCCGCUCCCUUUCUUGUGCCGUUGAGAGCAGUAGUGUAGAUUUGAUAGAAAUUGCCAUUCUCCCUUUCCUUGGACUGUCUGAACCUGUAGAGGAUACCACAGCAAUGCUGGACUGCAGUGACUACGUUCUAGACUCAAGAAUGAACAAUCCGUCAGAAACCAGUAAACCAUCAAUGGAGAGUGGAGAUGGGAACACAGGCACACAAACAAAUGGCCUGGACUUUCAAAAGCAGCCUGUGCCUGUUGGAGGACCAAUCUCUACAGCCCAGGCCCAGGCCUUUCUUGGGCACCUUCAUCAGGUCCAGCUCGCUGGAACAAGUUUACAGGCUGCUGCUCAGUCCUUAAAUGUACAGUCUAAAUCUAAUGAAGAAUCUGGGGACUCUCAGCAGCCAAGCCAGCCUUCCCAGCAGCCUUCAGUGCAGGCGGCCAUACCCCAGACCCAGCUCAUGCUGGCCGGAGGACAGAUCACUGGGCUCACGUUGACGCCAGCCCAGCAACAGUUAUUGCUACAACAGGCGCAGGCACAGUUGCUGGCAGCUGCAGUGCAGCAUUCAGCCAGUCAGCAGCACAGCGCUGCUGGUGCCACCAUCUCGGCCUCUGCUGCAACGCCGAUGACGCAGAUCCCUCUAUCUCAGCCAAUACAGAUUGCACAGGAUUUGCAGCACUUGCAGCAGCUUCAGCAGCAGAAUCUCAACCUGCAACAGUUUGUGUUGGUGCAUCCAACAACCAACUUGCAGCCAGCACAGUUCAUCAUCUCACAAACACCGCAGGGGCAGCAGGGUCUCCUGCAAGCGCAGAAUCUCUUAACGCAACUACCUCAGCAAAGCCAAGCCAACCUCCUGCAGUCUCAGCCAAGCAUCACCCUUGCCUCGCAGCCAGCAACCCCAACACGCACAAUAGCAGCGACCCCCAUUCAGCCACUUCCACAGAGCCAGUCAACACCAAAGCGAAUAGACACUCCCAGCUUGGAGGAGCCCAGUGACCUUGAGGAGCUUGAGCAGUUUGCCAAGACUUUCAAACAAAGACGGAUCAAACUUGGAUUCACUCAGGGUGAUGUUGGGCUCGCUAUGGGCAAACUCUAUGGAAAUGACUUCAGCCAAACUACCAUCUCUCGCUUUGAAGCCUUGAACCUCAGCUUUAAGAACAUGUGCAAGUUAAAGCCACUUCUGGAAAAGUGGCUCAAUGAUGCAGAAAACCUCUCAUCUGAUUCAACUCUCUCCAGCCCAAGUGCCCUGAAUUCUCCAGGGCAAGGAAUCGAAGGCGUGAACCGUAGGAGGAAGAAACGCACCAGCAUAGAGACCAACAUACGUGUGGCCUUAGAGAAGAGUUUCCUGGAGAACCAAAAGCCUACCUCGGAAGAGAUCACCAUGAUAGCUGACCAGCUAAACAUGGAGAAGGAGGUGAUCCGCGUUUGGUUCUGUAACCGGCGCCAGAAGGAGAAAAGGAUCAACCCACCCAGCAGUGGUGGAACCAGCAGUUCGCCCAUCAAAGCAAUUUUCCCUUGCCCGACCUCACUGGUGGCAACCACGCCAAGCCUUGUGACUAGCAGUGCAGCUACUACCCUGACUGUCAAUCCUGUGCUCCCUCUGACCAGUCCUGCUGUAACUAGUUUGUCAGUCACAGGCACAACAGAAACCACCUCCAACAACACAGCAACAGUGAUUUCAACGGCACCUCCAGCUUCUUCAGCAGUGACAUCACCUUCCCUGAGUCCUUCCCCUUCUGCCUCAGCCUCCAUUUCAGAGGCAUCCAGUGCCAGCGAGACCAGCACAACACAGACAACCUCCACUCCCUUGUCCUCCCCUCUUGGGACCAGCCAGGUGAUGGUAACAGCAUCAGGGUUGCAAACAGCAGCAGCAGCCGCAUUACAAGGAGCUGCACAGUUGCCUGCAAAUGCAAGUCUCGCUGCCAUGGCUGCUGCAGCAGGACUAAACCCAGGCUUGAUGGCAUCCUCACAGUUUGCAGCUGGAGGUGCCUUACUCAGUCUCAAUCCAGGGACAUUAGGUGGUGCUCUCAGCCCAGCCCUGAUGAGCAACAGUACACUGGCAACUAUUCAAGCUCUUGCAUCUAGUGGCUCUCUUCCAAUAACAUCACUGGAUGCAUCUGGAAACUUGGUGUUUGCCAAUGCUGGAGGUACUCCUAACAUCGUAACUGCCCCUCUGUUCCUGAACCCUCAGAACCUUUCUCUGCUCACCAGCAACCCAGUUAGCUUGGUCUCUGCAGCUGCAGCCUCCGCAGGGGCCUCUGGACCAGUCGCCAGCCUUCAUGCCACCUCCACCUCAGCUGAGUCCAUCCAGAACUCUCUCCUCACGGUGGCCUCUGCGAGUGGGGCCACAUCCACCACCACUACUGCCUCCAAGGCACAGUGAGCUGGGCUGAGCUGUGCUGCCAGCAGCCUUUUUCACUGUGCAGUGGGAUUGGCUGCCAGUGGGGUUUAUGAACUGAAAAAUGUGAUGGUCAUCCUCUCGCCGUGUUGCUGGGGACAAGGGAGAGAAGGAGAAAUAUUAAAAAAAACAACAACACAAAAACAAAACAAAAAGCAAAAGCAAAACAGGAAGGAUUUAAAGCUGGGACAGACAUUUGCCUAAUUUUAUAAUAAACACUGUCUUUUCAGGAUCGCUUCAUGGAUCGGAGAACUUUCUAACCAAAAAUGUAAAAAAAA